AAACACUGUCAUCUCUGAUGGUGAUUAUUUAUACAUGUGUAGUACUGAAACAAACAUGAAACAUGUGGGUUAGUGGGAUGAGCAUAGGGCUUGUUUCACCAUCUAUCCCUCAGAUGCUCGGGACAGACAAAUCUCUGCCAUGCCACUUGAUGGACAGAAAUCUAAAUUAAAACACUGUCCAUUACUGGUGACCACAGCACCAUCAACCACAGCAAUUCCUAAACCUGCACUCCUGUCCCAGCCUUUGACUUGCUUCCUCUCACAUGUGUUGCUCUCCAGAUUAAACAUUUUUCUACAAUCCUAUGCCCCACACUCUGCCUAGUAAACAGUUUUGACAUAAAACAGAAGAUACUGUAACCCAUUCUGUAAACAGUGAGCUGUUGGCAUCCAGCCAUGACUGCAUUUAUCUGGCACACACGGAGAGACUGAACUGUACAUGCGCUCUGUUCUGAUAUUUUCACUUCCCAUCGCCAGUUUAAAGAUGGGUUCAGCCCUGAUGCAGCAGGUUCUUGCUGUCACUACUGUCCUAUGUGCAGCACAGUUGGCGCUCACAGCAGGUCAGCCUCUGGAGCCAGCUGUCCCUGGUACUCCUAAUCACCCUGACAGUCCUCAGGUCUGUAUCUGUAGUCUGUCCUCGUUUCACCUACAAGCCUUACAGAGGGCUAGCAAGAUUGCCACUAGAAUGGGUGGGGCCCUUAUGAUGAGUUAUUAGUCAAGUUCAAACCUCUAUUGCACAUUGUAUUUCAUUUCCAGCCCAGUCAGUGCCCAUGUGAGGCAAGUCUGCAGCAGACCAGGCAGCAACACGACAGUCUGAUGGCAGAAGUGACAAAACUGUCAGAGACAACCAACCUGCAGCUGGAGGGCAUGCAGGCCUCUCUCCACAGGCUAGAACAGGUUUCUGCACUUUUCUCUAUGUUGUCCCAGCAUCUCCCCACUAUGUGGCACACCUCUCCCCGGCAUCAUCAGCACAUAUCUUAUUCAUUGUACAUAUACAUGUACAAUGUAUUACUAAUAUGGAUGCUUUGACAACUAUAACUACAUGUAGUAUCAUAGCUUUGGUGUCAUUGAUUAGGGAUUAGACUGAAACAAAAUUCAUGAUUGACACUGUUGUCCUAGCUCCUCCUCACCCUGCAGACCCAGCUAACCUCCACAGGACAGGAUCAGGACCAGACGGAGGAGGCUCCAGGUGUGAAAGACACGCCCACAAGUCUUCCCAUCACUCCCCGCAGGGACAAGCCACCAGAAGCUCCUGCAGAAGACUGUUCCCAGCUGUAUCGCCGUGGUUACCACACCAGUGGUGUGUUCACCAUCAGCCCUCAAAAAGACACACAGUUUCGCAUCUGGUGCGACAUGGAGACAGCAGGUGGUGGCUGGUCGGUUAUCCAGAGGCGAGUGGAUGGUUCAGUCUGGUUUAACCGGACGUGGGAUCAGUACAAGUGGGGGUUUGGUUCGGUGGAGGGGGAGUUCUGGUUGGGCAACGACAAAAUCCACCAGCUGACGGACAGGGGAGACCUCAGGCUACGAGUCGAUCUGCAGGACUGGGAGGGGAACACCGCAUAUGCCGAAUAUAACACCUUCAGGCUGUCUAACGAAAGGAACAAGUACAGGCUGCAGAUCUAUGGCUACUCUGGCACUGCAGGGGAUGCCAUGACUGGGAGCGACCCCAACAACGGGGCACCGUUCUCGACACUCGACCGCGACAACGACGGACACGACAGGACAUCCUGUGCCCAGCGGUAUGGUGGCCAGGGUGGCUGGUGGUUCCACAACUGCGGGCAGUCGUACCUGAAUGGGCGCUACCUGCGGGCAUGUGGAGACGCAUGUCCGUAUGCACAGGGGGUAGUCUGGAGCGAGUGGAAAAACUUCCACUACUCACUCAAGCUGGCAUCCAUGAAAGUCAGACCAAACAACUUCCAAAUCAGUCAUAACAAAAACUAAAUGCUUAGGGAAGCAAAGCAGUUUGUUUUCUUCAGAAAAAAGAGCAAUGUUAGAGUAUAUCUCUUUGGCCAGGUAGGAAGAUUAACAACAGCAGAAAUAUGCAAACAAUGAUACA